GUCUGCAGGAAAGAGGCUGUUUCUGUUCAGCCGCAGUUCAUCUCUUCCUCUCAUUCUGCUGCAGCCGCAGUUCAUCUCUUCUCUCAUUCCGGGGUAAAUAAAGCGGCUGCUUGUUGUUUUGUUGUUGUUUUUUUUUACCAACAACUCUGUCCUCAGCACCUGGAAUUCCUCCUCCUGUAACUCUGUCAAGUAGAGGAAUGUUCCUGCAGCGUUAGCCGGCUGGCCGUCUGCAGCGAUGGGCUCCGAGGAGCGAAGUUCAGCCAAGAUCUCCUCCAUGUCCCGCAGCAACAGCAGCUCCUCGUCCAAACUGGACAGCAGACAGGACAGCUGGGAGAUAGUGGAGGGUCUGCGGGGAGGCUUCAGCAGCGUCCUGGAGCCCCAGAAACAGGAGGGCUUCAUGCUAAAGAGGAGGAAGUGGCCCUUGAAGGGCUGGCAUAAGAGAUACUUCUUCCUGGACAAGGGCAUUCUGAAGUAUGGCAAGUGCAGCGCUGAUAUUGAGAAAGGGAAACUGCAUGGCUGCAUUGAUGUGGGUCUCUCUGUCAUGGCUAUUAAGAAGAAAGCCAAGUGCAUCGAUCUUGAUGCUGAGGAAAACAUCUAUCACCUGAAGAUUAAGUCACAGGAGCUGUUUGAUGAAUGGGUUUCCAAGCUGCGUCACCAUCGUCUCUAUCGGCAGAAUGAGAUCGCCAUGUACCCGCCGGAGAAGUCCUUCUACUACCCCCACUACCCCUCCCCCAACUCCCCCAGCAUGGCCGAGAGCUCCAUCAGAAAGUGCAUGUCUAUACGCAGACAGUCCACCGUGCAUUCUGCAGCAGCGUUUCCUCUAAGCUGCAACAGUCAGGCCAAGGUCGCUGCCUGGCUCCAGUCUUCUGACGACAUGGACAGGUGCUCCAAAGAUUUGUCGGUGUGCGAGGCCAACCUGCUGGAGCUCAACCAGCUGCUGCAGAGCAUGGAAGUCCUGCACCGGACAUAUUCUGCUCCAUCCAUCCAAGCACUGCAGGCGUCUACAUAUGACAGUCCCAAGAAGGAAAAGAGACUACCAAAGAAAUGGCGCAGUAAAAACUACAACAAAGAUGUCAAAACAACUCUGCAGGUCCCCAGCUGCAUCUAUGCUGGCUCCAUCCGCCUCCACGCCUCCAACCCCAACCUCUCCUCUGCUGCUCUCGCUAAUGACAAAGCUGACACUGAGUCACUGGAUUCAGCUUUUGAUGUGGCCAAGCUGCAGGAGGACUUCUGCCGCGUCGCCACCAACUUGCAUGCCACCAUGAAGACGGCCCUGAGCUCACUAACGUCUGAGAGAGAGAGAUUAAAACAGGUGGUGGACCACGAGACGCUUCCCCCGACCUCUCCGCAGGUUGUCGGGUUGAAAAACGCCCUGGCAACGGCUUUAGCCCAGAACUCUGAGCUGAGAGAGCGCCUGUGCAAGAUUCAUGCGGAGUCCCACAUCGUAGACUCACUAAUAAAUCUCUCUGCUCCUGUGCAGAAACAGGAGUCUGUGGAUGAGUCCCGUCCUCUCGUGCACCAAGUCUCCAAUGAGAGCAGAGCUUCAAUCACAGAGUCUCUGUCUGAGUUCUUCGAUGCUCAGGAAGUUCUGCUGUCUGCCAGUUCUUCAGAGAACGAGGUGUCAGAGGAUGACUCAUACAUCAGCGACAUUAGUGACAACAUCUCUAUGGACAACUUUAGCAAUGAGACGGAAAGUGAGAGACCAAACUCAGGCUCGGUCCUCUGCCAGCGCAGAUCCUGUCUGCCCUCGGCCAGCCCCAACAACAGCACCGUCAGCCUGUGGAACAUCCUCAGGAACAACAUCGGCAAAGAUCUGUCCAAAGUGGCGAUGCCUGUGCAGCUUAAUGAGCCGCUCAACACCCUGCAGAGGCUGUGUGAGGAGCUGGAGUACAGCGAGCUGCUGGAUAAGGCUGCCAACACACAGGACCCGUUUGAGCGUAUGGUAUACGUAGCUACGUUUGUGGUAUCAGGCUAUGCUUCCAGCUACUACAGAACAGGAGGAAAGCCUUUCAACCCCGUCCUGGGGGAGACAUACGAAUGUGAUCGGCCAGAUAAAGGCUUCAGAUUUGUUGCAGAGCAGGUCAGCCAUCACCCACCGAUCUCAGCUUGCCACGCAGAGUCUAAAAACUUCAUCUUCUCACAAGACGUAAGGUGUAAGAACAAGUUCUGGGGGAAAUCAAUGGAGAUCGUUCCUGUGGGCACCACUCAUGUAACUCUGCCGGGCUUUGGAGACCACUAUGAGUGGAACAAAGUGACGUCCUGCAUCCACAACAUCCUCAGUGGACAGCGCUGGAUCGAGCACUACGGGGAGAUCUCCAUCAGAAACUCCAGCAGCGAUAUUUGUCAGUGCAAGAUCACUUUUAUUAAGGCCAAAUACUGGAAUUCCAGCGUGAAUGAGGUGGAGGGAGCGAUCACAGACAGUAAAGGGAAGGUCAUCCACAGACUCUUUGGAAAGUGGCAGGAAGCCGUUUUCUGUGGAGACCCGCCCUCAGCCACAUGCAUCUGGAGAGCACAUGCAAUGCCAGUAGACCUGGAGCAGUACUAUGGUUUCACCAAGUUUGCUAUUGAACUCAACGAGUUGGACCCAUCCCACAAACUGCUGCUCCCACCGACAGACACCAGGCUACGUGUGGACCAAAGGCUGCUGGAGGAGGGGAAGCUGGAGGCUGCAGAGGAGCAGAAGCAACGGAUUGAACAGCUGCAGAGAGAGAGACGGAGAGUCCUGGAGGAGAACAGCGUCACACAUCAACCCAAGUUCUUCAGGAAGUCAAAGGAUGAUACCUGGGUGAGCAACAACACAUACUGGGAGCUGAGGAAGGACCCUGGCUUCACCCAAAUCGAUUUUCCGAUGCUGUGGUGACCCCUGAACUUUAGAUCACACACAUUUCAACUUGCACAGCCUCUACUGUGAUCAGGCUGGGUUCAGUCUCACCGACUUCAUUCAGUACUGUUCUUCUUUGUUACAGUUCAUCAAAGUUAUUGCCUUAAUAGCAAGUGCUUAUGUAAGUUGUGUUAACAUGUUUAUGCAAACAUAUUAUGAGAAUGUUGAUACUUUUAAGCAAAUUUUGCCCAUAUUUUCACCUGAUAUGUAACACUGUAUCACUGAAACUGAGAAAAGGAAAACUACUUGGUGUAAAGGAUGAUGAAUCCUUUUCAUAACUGGUCUUCACUAGCUUAUAAUGUCUUGAACAACUGGUCACUUUAGCUGUCGUCUUAUCAUGGACAUUCUCUACCUCUGAGAUAAACUAGCCUUGAUAUGCCAUUGAUGAAGUGUACACAUCCAAUAUUUAUUCUGCACCUGCCUGAUGCCUUACUCGUUGUACUCAUAUUGUUUAAUUUAUUUUUGUUGCAUCUCUGAGAUCGUUAUAAAACAUCUAUGUUUUGUAAGGACCAAACAACAAUUGUUCAAUGAUCUUUAGAUCCUUACUCAACUUUUCUGUCUGUCUUAUAAGAGUAAUUACAGCUUUUUGCUAUGACUGUGAAAGAUUGUGCAACUCUGAGCAGCAGUAGCAACCAUUUUUCACUCAAUCCACUGCAUCAUUGUCUACCAGGACCCUGGGCUUUCGGAUCAAAAGUGUCCAAAACUUUGCUCCAUGAGCUCAAAUAAAGUCUCUGAUGCUUU